AUGAACAUCGUUGCCCCGAGGGCACGUAAAGAGGGUAGACCUCGAAUCCACCUAUCUACUUCCUCGCCGAGUAUAAAAUCUACGCCUGCUUCGUCUCUCAUCGUCACCACCUCUCCCACUUCUCCCGUUCAACAGCUUCAACUUUUCACAAUGCAAUUCUCUUCUCUCUGCGUGACUGUCGCUUCUGCGGUGCUUCUGCUCGCCACUGGUGUUGUUGCUCAGGACGGCGUCGCCGUUGGCCCUUGGGCUGCCUGCAACGAGUGGAACGGAGCCGCCCCCUUGGCCCAGAAUGACGCAUGCAUGUUUCACCCCAUCGACAACGCCGCCGGACCAGUUCAGAACGGAACUUGUCAGCCAACUAGUGUGGGCCUCCAAUGUGACAGUCGCUUCCCUGCAUGA